AUGGGUAUUAAGUGUAUAAUAAAUCUGCUGGGACUGAUAAAUCUAUACUCACUUUUCACAGGUACCAGUGGACAGAAAACAAUCCUUGUGUUCAGCAGUGAUGGUGAAAAUGUCAAUCUGUUUGCUGAUGAUUCUCCUACUGACUGCGCAUCAACUUCAUGGACAUAUAGCAGAGAACUAAAUUCAGACUCAGUUGAACUAUUUGAAAAUGGGAUGAAGAAAAGUGGCACCGAGAGAGAUGAGAGACUGAGUCUGGGCGCUGACUGCUCUCUGAACAUCUAUCAUGCCACAACUGAAGAUCGUGGUGUUUACAGCUUCUGGCAAUAUGUAACUAAAGCAGAAAAUCUAGUUGCCAGUGUUUAUCUGCAUUUUCUUCAAGUUUCUCCACCAUCAACCACAGAAGCUGAGAUUAGACCAGGCAGCUCAAUGACUCUCUCUUGUCAGCUGUAUGUGUAUGAUGGAUAUCCUUGUGAUCAUUUACUCACUCCAGAGGGACUUCAGCUCAUCUGGGUGAAUGAAUCUGGUGUGAAUCUGCAAACCGACUCCAGAUUUCAGAUCUCAUCCUCAUCCUCAUCAAAACACUGUAACAUCAGUCUGACUACAACACUCCUGAAUGAAGAUGACAGCACGGAAUGGAGAUGCCAGAUUAGUGAAGGAUCUGAAGUAAAGACCUCGGUCAGUUAUACUGUCUCAUUCCUGAGUAAGAAAACUAAAAUACUCAUGUAUAACUUAUUUAGCCCAACAAUAAUUACAAGUCUGCACUAAUAAUAACUAACUAACUAAUACUGUAAUGUUUACUUGGGCUAUUAGUUUAUUUUACAUAAAUUCAUAUUAAUACAUUGCAUCUAUGUGUCUGACAACACUUUCUAAUCUUUGUUUUUUCAGGAGGUAGUGAGAUUGUAGGAGACGGGUUGUUACUCAGAGGUUUUUGAAAUGUCUUUAUCAUAUUUACUGAUAGCAGUGCAUCAAUAAUUGGUCAGUGUUUUGUUUCAUUAAGAUAAUGUAGUUUCAUUGACUGAGUUUGUUCCUUCUCUGUCUGCAUGUGUCUGUCCACCUCUCCAUGCUGCAGGGAUUAUAAUUAUCAUUGAGAUGGCAGCACUAAGUAUUCCUACUGCUAUUCUUCUAUGGAUCUGUAAAACAAGAUCUGGAAAAAGAAGACAUCCAGAAGACAUUGAGAUUUAAAUCAUUUUGAAUAAAAAACUUAGUUUUAGAAAGUUUUUUUUCUUAUUAAUGCAUUCACUC